AUGCCUCUCCACCCCACCCCUGCCCUGCCUCUCCACCCCCUGGCCCACCCCUGCCCUGCCUCUCCACCCCCCACCCCUGCCCUGCCUCUCCACCCCACCCCUGCCCUGCCUCUCCACCCCCUCCACCCCUGGCCCACCCCGGCCCUGCCUCUCCACCCCACCCCUGCCCUGCCUCUCCACCCCUGGCCCACCCCGGCCCUGCCUCUCCACCCCUGGCCCACCCCGGCCCUGCCUCUCCACCCCACCCCUGCCCUGCCUCUCCACCCCCUGGCCCACCCCGGCCCUGCCUCUCCACCCCCUGGCCCACCCCUGCCCUGCCUCUCCACCCCUGGCCAACCCCGGCCCUGCCUCUCCACCCCUGGCCCCCCUGCCCUGCCUCUCCCACCCCUGGCCCACCCCUGCCCUGCCUCUCAACCCCCUGGCCCACCCCGGCCCUGGCCCCUCUCCACCCCACCCCAGCCCUGCCUCUUCACCCCCUGGCCCACCCCGGCCCUGCCUCUCCACCCCACCCCUGCCCUGCCUCUCCACCCCCUGGCCCACCCCUGCCCUGCCUCUCCACCCCUGGCCCACCCCGGUCCUGCCUCUCCACCCCCUGGCCCACCCCGGCCCUGCCUUUCCACCCCUGGCCCACCCCGGCCCUGCCUCUCCACCCCUGGCCCACCCCGGCCCUGCCUCUUCACCCCUGGCCCACCCCGGCCCUGCCUCUCCACCCCCUGGCCCACCCCUGCCCUGCCUCUCCACCCCUGGCCCACCCCGGCCCUGCCUCUCCACCCCACCCAGCCCUGCCUCUCCACCCCUGGCCCACCCCGGCCCUGCCUCUCCACCCCCCCCGCCCCCUGCCCUGCCUCUCCACCCCCUGGCCCACCCCGGCCCUGCCUCUCCACCCCUGGCCCACCCCUGCCCUGCCUCUCCACCCCCUGGCCCACCCCGGCCCUGCCUCUCCACCCCCCACCCCUGCCCUGCCUCUCCACCCCUGGCCCACCCCGGCCCUGCCUCUCCACCCCCUGGCCCACCCCUGCCCUGCCUCUCCACCCCCUGGCCCACCCCGGCCCUGCCUCCUCCCCCCACCCAUGCCCUGCCUCUCCACCCCUGGCCCACCCCGGCCCUGCCUCUCCACCCCACCCCUGCCCCCUGCCUCUCCACCCCUGGCCCACCCCGGCCCUGCCUCUCCACCCCCCCACCCCUGCCCUGCCUCUCCACCCCUGGCCCACCCCGGCCCUGCCUCUCCACCCCCUGGCCCACCCCUGCCCUGCCUCUCCACCCCUGGCCCACCCCGGCCCUGCCUCUCCACCCCACCCCUGCCCUGCCUCUCCACCCCCUGGCCCACCCCGGCCCUGCCUCUCCACCCCUGGCCCACCCCGGCCCUGCCUCUCCACCCCACCCCUGCCCUGCCUCUCCACCCCACCCCUGCCCUGCCUCUCCACCCCCUGGCCCACCCCGGCCCUGCCUCUCUCCACCCCCUGGCCCACCCCGGCCCUGCCUCUCCACCCCACCCCGGCCCUGCCUCUCCACCCCCUGGCCCACCCCUGCCCUGCCUCUCCACCCCUGGCUCAGUACAUGCCCGUGUACCUUUGA